GCAUUCCAAAGAAUAUUGAAUCGCAUUUGUACACAUUCACAGUCUGUUCAACUUUUUUCAACUAGAAAAAAUGAGUAGUUGCUGUGUACUUGAAAUCCCAGUCAACACUGACAUAUCAAAGCGAAGAUAUUCUGAUCAUUUUCCACUAUUGACGUUUAUGAGAAGAGCGAUAAGAUAUUCCCGUAUCAUUUUUAUAUUGAAUGUAUUCGCAAUUGUUGUUUCUCAACUGGGGAUUGCAUUCGGUCUGACAAGUUUGAUCACACAACAAAUAAACAUUUCACAUUGGGUCAAAACUCACUCCAUAUUUCUAUAUGUGAUCACCGCGAUUUACUUUGUCCUCGAGAUAGUGUGGGCAUUUGUGAAACCAGUUUCAACAGUAUUCCCUUGGAAUCUUGUGUAUUUGAUGGUAAUGACACUCCUGUCCUCUUACAUAAUUGGAGCUGAAUCCGAAGAAUACACUGACGAUGUCCCAUUCAUUGCAUUUGCAUUCAUUUGGACGAUGUUGCAAAUCAUUGUGUCAUUCGCAAUAUUCAUCAUGAAUGAUUUCACUGAAAGUAAACUAACCAGGAUAGUGAAUGUGGUGUAUGCAGUAACGAUAUUAGUGGGUCAAAUCGCUUUCUUUCUGAGAAAUCAAACUAAAGUUGCUUUACUUAUCGCUGGGAUUAUUGGAUUUCCAAGCACAUGUUAUCUGCUUGUAAAAGAGGUGAAGUGGGUGUUUGGACAAGGCAAAUAUUUCUAUCCAGAAAACAAUGUUGUCCGUCCAGCCAGAAAUAUUUAUGGUUACUGUUGGAGUUUAUUUCUAACGAUUCUAUGGGUCUACGCGUACAGUGGAAUCAGACCUACUGUUUAG